AAAUAUCGCUCUCUCUCUCUCUCUCUCUCUCUCUCUUCUGUGCCCACAGAGGUUGCAGUUGUCUCCAGCCCAAUCCCCACUCCAUUCUCACUCUCAACUUUAUAUAACCCCUCUCCUCCCUUCCCCUCUCCAAUUCUCCAUCCCCCGCACCCCAACAAUGCCGCUCACCAAUUUCACCUCCCUCCUCCUCCGCCUCCUCCUCCUCACCACCACCACCGUCUUCGCCAAUGCCGCCGCCACUCCCUCCGUCCAAACCCUAAACACUCACGAGCUCUUCAACCCCAAGCUCCCUCCCCGCACCCUCUCCUCCAAUAAGAAAUUCGAGGGCUCCUCCAACCUCGUCGACCUCCGCUACCACAUGGGCCCCGUCCUCUCCUCCUCCCCCAUCAACAUCUACCUCAUCUGGUACGGCAAGUGGGCCGCGCCCCAGAAGCUCCUCAUUACCGACUUCAUUCACUCCAUUUCGGCCGCUCCCUCCGCCUCCUCCUCCCCCUCCGUCGCCGAGUGGUGGCGAACUGUCUCCCUGUACACCGACCAGACCGGCGCCAACGUCUCACGCUCCGUCGUCGUCGCCGGCCAGUACUCCGACAUGAAGUACUCCCAGGGGAAUCACCUCACCCGCCUCUCAGUCCAGCAGGUCAUCGCCUCCGCCGUCCGAUCCGCCCCCUUCCCCGUCGAUCACAAACACGGCGUCUACCUAAUCCUCACUUCCGAGGAGGUCACCGUUCAGGACUAUUGUCGAGCCGUUUGUGGUUUCCAUUACUUCACGUUCCCCUCCAUGGUGGGCUACACUCUGCCAUACGCCUGGCUCGGAAACUCCGGCAAGCAGUGCCCGGAGGUCUGCGCCUACCCGUUCGCAGUCCCGAGACAACAGGCGUAGCCAUGGAAGGAAGAUUUUCCAGGACUUGCAGACCUUCUACUUUUCCGGGUUGGGAUUAUUUUUUUUAUUUUUUAAUUUUGUGGUAAUUUUUGGAAUUGCAAGUUGCUUUGUUAAUAUUUUGCAGUAACACUUGUAAUUUUUGGAAUUACAAGGAAGAGAGAUUUGCAGUUAUU